CCAACAUGGCUGCCACUAGACGUUAACAAUGCUUUUGUGUGCUGUCCCUCCGCGGUUGCCGUAAUUCCAUUAGCAACAUGGCGGCCUGUGGCGAAGACGCCAAACCUGCGACGGAUUUUGUGACUUACGGGACUCCCCUGGAGCCUCUGGAAGAAGACGAGGCCCCGCGAAAGCCCCUCCCCAUCCACGAGCAGACGGUCCGAGAUGAGAAGGGUCGCUACCAGCGCUUCCACGGCGCCUUUACGGGCGGCUUCUCGGCUGGAUAUUUCAACACGGUGGGAUCCAAGGAAGGAUGGACGCCGUCCACUUUUGUGUCGUCAAGGCAGCAGAAGGCGGAGAAACAGCAGGCCACGCCGCAGGAUUUCAUGGAUGACGAGGAUAUGGGCGAGCACGGUAUCGCCCCGUCCCGGAUCACCACCACUCAGCCGUUCGCGUCCCGAGCGGCGCCGGCGCCUUGGGAUAAAGCCAAGGCGCUGGGCGCGCAGACGGCCGUCAUACCGGGAAACGACGUCCUGGACGAACUCAUCGCGCCAGCUGGAUCCAGCAUCGGGGCGGAGCUCUUGACUCGAAUGGGCUGGAAAGCGGGUCAAGGCGUGGGACCUCGCAUCAAGAGGAAGCCUAGGCGCCAACGCGCACCAACGCACGGUCGAGUCUUUGGCUGCGCUCCGCCCCCUACUGGCUCGGAAGGAUCUGAGGAGGACGACGAUGAGGAAUUCGCCCCAGAGAAUGCCACGUUCGCCCCUAAAGAUGUGGCAGCGGUGGACUUUGGCGCCAGGACGGGGCUUCAGGGCCUGGGCUACCGCGGUCUGGAUCCAGCAUUAGCGCUACGGGGUCAGAGCGACGGCCACCCCGACUUCUUCUCACCGCACUCGGACGCCACCAGCAAACUCUUCGGGGAGACGCGACGGGCUACGCGAGGGCCAAGGGGCGUGGCCGGGCAGGCUUUUGGCGUGGGCGCGCUGGAGGACGACGAUGAUGAAGACGUUUACCACAGGGACGCCAUGUCCAAGUACGACACGGUACUGGCGGACGAGCCCGGGGACGGACUCUACGGCUGGACGGCGCCGCGCGGCUCCAGCCAAAAGGAGGCGUCGUACUUGGGCAAAAUCUUGGAAGGCUUCACGCUCUCGCAGGGCAGCCAGCAAGACAAAACGGUGUUUCCCCCACCAAAGCUGCCGGCCGACUUCCAGCCGCUGCAUCGCUUCCGCCGCAAGGUACAAGUGUCGCACCUCUCGGGUGUGAGUGGGGCCCCGGUGGUCCAAGUUCCCCCCACGCCCCCGGAGAAUGCCGGACGCCACCGUGUGGUCGCUGCCCAAAGGGGGGCGCUCCUGGGGGAGACCGUCCUGCCAGGCCCCUCCUCCGUCAUGGAACUGCUGAGACCCGAAGACCGCGAGCGUUUGAUGCGCCUGCGUGCCCCCGGGUCAGUGUCGGCACCACCACCGCCACCAUCGACCGCAUUGCGCCGACAAGAGGAGGCGGCGGCGGCAGCCUGGCGGGGCCUUGGCGGCGACUGCCACGCAUUUAAACCCUUCCAGAAGAACACCGCCAAACAGGCCAGAUACGAAGCCUACUUGGAGCGACUGCGCGCCGGAGACAAAGACGCGGCGGACGCCAGUUUGGACCCGUCCAUGACCGAGUGGGAGCGCGGCAGGGAGAAGGAAGAGUUUGUGCGAGCUUCAGUCUUGUAUCGGCCCACUUCCUCCGCGCUGGCCAGUCGCUUCACGCGAGCCAAAGACGGCGACGAUGACGAUGAAGACCGUGUGGAAGUUCCCCGGGACCAGGAGGGCAGCACGCAGGACAAAGAAGCGGCCGUCAGGAUGAAAAUGUUCGGCCAGCUGACCCGAGAAACCUUGGAGUGGCAUCCCGACAAGAUCCUGUGCAGGAGAUUCAACGUUCCCCACCCCUAUCCUGGGUCCGCCAUCGUGGGUCUGCCCAAAGUCAAGCGAGACAAGUUUUCCGUCUUCAACUUCCUGACGGUCGCUCAGAGCGAUCUGCCUCCACCGCAAGCUGCCAAGAAGUCCAGGUGGGACCAGGAGGCGGAGCCGAGUCCCGCGCAGACAAGCCAGCCCAAAGAAGAAUCUCCUUGCGUUAAACCUCCGGAGGUGACACCCGAGGACAAACCGCAGGUUGUAAAGCAAGAAGAAGAAGAUGAUGAGGAGGAGGAUGACGACGAUGAGGAGGAGCAAGUGGAGGACGUGGAAGAAGAGACGCGGCCUCCAAUGGAUGUGUUCAAGGCCAUCUUCGCCAGCUCCUCGGACGAGGAGUCCUCGUCUUCCUCGGACGAAGACGACCAAAAGGAAGCCGAGGAGGAAGGAGAUCGGGCACCUUCGGUGAACCUCUUCGACGUUUCGUCACCCGUCGUCGCUGCCGAACGAACAGACGCUGUUCCCCGUGCGCCUCCGCCCCCGGAGAACGCAGAAUUCGGUCCCAAGCUUCCUCCUCCCUGGUUCGUUCCUGUCCCCGCCUCCUCGCUGGCCGGGGAAGAGAGACGCAGGAACAAGAAGCAAGACAAGUGCAAGAAAGACAAGAAGAAGAAGAAAACCAAGAAGAAGAAAGACAAAGUGAGGCGACAAGAAGACAAAAAGAAAAAGAAGAAGAAAAAAGCCGAGCGGCAAAGCGACGGCGAGGACGUCCGGCCGGAGGAUUUGAUCGAGAGGCUAAAGCGCGUCUCCUCUUCCCGUGACGCGCGUUGAGGCUUUUUCAUCCUUUACGCCCACUUCCGAAUCCAAAGCAACUUCAUUUUCCAAAAAACUAAAAUUAAAAAAAAUAAAUAAGUUUUGACGUCAAUGCAUGUGUGAAUUAUUUGGAGAUAUUCAUGAGUCACUUCCUUUUCAGUGACCAAAAAUCAACAGGAAGUGACCUGCACAUGCGCCAUAAUUUCAAGGUAGUGACCUGAAAAUGCCCCAAAAUAAAUAGGAAAUGACCUGCAAAUUCCCCAAAAUCAACAGGAAGUGGCUCCCAAAUGCCCUCAAAAGAAGUGACCUGCAAAUGCACCAAAAUCAACAGGAAGUGACCUGUCAAUGUCCUAAGAUCAACAGGAAGUUACCUACAAAUGCCCCAAAAUCAAUAGGAAGUGGCCCACAAAUGGGCUGAAAAGAGGAAGUAACCUGCAAAAGCACCAAAAUCAACAGGAAAUGACCUGAAAAGCCCCAAGAUCAACAGGAAGUGGCCCACAAAUGCACAAAUUCCCCAAAAGCAACAGGAAGCAACCUGUCAAUACCCCCUAAGCAUUAGGAAGUGACCUGCAAAUGCUCCAAAAUAGACAGGAAGUGACCUGCAAAUGCGGCAAAAUCAACAGGAAAUGACCUGCAAAUGCCCCAAAAUCAACAGGAAGUGACCUGCGAAUGCACCAAAAUCAACAGGAAGUGGCCCACAAAUUCCAGGAAAAGAGGAAGUGACCUGCAAUGGCCCCAAAAUCAACAGGAAGUGACCUGCAAAUGCACCAAAAUCAACAGAAAGUGACCUGCAAAUGCACCAAAAUCAACAGGAAGUGACCUGCAAAUUCCCCAAAAAGAGGACGUGACCUGCAAUUGCCCCAAAAUCAACAGGAAGUGACCUGCAUAUGCACCAAAAUCAACAGGAAGUGACCUGCAUAUGCACCAAAAUCAACAGGAAGUGACCUGUAAUUGCACCUAAAUCAACAGGAAGUGACCUGCAAAUGCCCCAAAAUUGACAGAAAGGGGCCCACAAAUUCUCUGAAAAGAGGAAGCGACCUGCAAUUGGCCCAAAAUCAACAGGAAGUGGCACACAAAUUCCCCGAAAAGAGGACGUGACCUGUAAUUGCCCCAAAAUCAACAGGAAGUGACCUGCAAAUGCCUUAAAAUUUGACAGGAAGACACCUGCAAAUUCCCAAAAAGUCAACAGGAAGUGACAUGAAAAUGCCCCAAAAUCAACAGGAAGUCACCUACAAAAGCCCCCCAAAUAAACAAGAUGUGACCUGCAAAUGCCCCAAUUUGAAUGGGAAGUGGCCCACAAACGCCCUGAAAAGAGGAAGUGACCUGCAAAUGUACCAAAAUCAACAGGAAAUGACCUGCGAAUGCACCAAAAUCAACAAGAAGGGACCUGCAAAUGCACCAAAAUCAACAGGAAGUGAUCUGCAAAUGCACCAAAAUCAACAGGAAGUGAUCUGCAAAUGCACCAAAAUCAACAGGAAAUGACCCACAAAUUACCCGAAAAGAAGUGACCUGCAAUUGCCCCCAAAUCAACAGGAAGUGACCUGCAAAUACCCCAAAAUCAACAGGAAGUGACCUGCAAUUGCCCCAAAAUCAACAGGAAGUGACCUGCAAUUGCCCCAAAAUCAACAGGAAGUGACCUUCAAAUGCGCCAAAAUCAACAGGAAGUGACCUGCAAAUGCGCCAAAAUCAACAGGAAGUGACCUGCGACUGCACCAAAAACAACAGGAAGUGGCCCACAAAUUCCCCGAAAUGAGGAAGUAUCCUGCAAAUGCACCAAAAUCAACCAGAAGUGACCUGCAAAUGCACCAAAAUCAACAGGAAACGACCCACAAAUUCCCCGAAAAGAGGAAGUGACCUGCAAAUGCACCAAAAUCAACAGGAAGUGGCCCAAAAAUUCCCUGAAAAGAGGAAGUGACCUGCAAAUGCCCCAAAAUCAACAGGAAGUGACCUGCAAAUGCACCAAAAUCCACUAGAAGUGACCUGCAAAUGCACCAAAAUCAACAGGAAGUGACCUGCAAAUGCACCAAAAUCAACAGGAAGUGACCUGAAAAUGCACCAAAAUCAACAGGAAGUGACCUACAAAUGCCCCAAAAUCACAGUAAGUGACCUGCAAAUGCCCCAAAAUCAACAGGAAGUGACCUGCAAAUGCACCAAAAUCAACAGGAAGUGACCUGAAAAUGCACCAAAAUCAACAGGAAGUCACCUGCAAAUGCAUCAAAAUCAACAGGAAGUCACCUGCAAAUGCAUUAAAAUCAACAGGAAGUGGCCUACAAAUUCCCCAAAAAGAGGAAGUGACCUGCAAUUGCCCCAAAAUCAACAGGAAGUGACCUGAAAUUCCCCAAAAUAAACAAAAAUAAACAGUAAAUGACAUUAAUUUGUGGGCAUUUACAGAUGACUUCCUGUUGAUUUGGAGUUGCUUCCUAUUCAUUUGGGGAUAUUCUUGAGUCACUUCCUUUCUACUAACACAAAUCCAACAGUAAGUGACCUGAAAAUGCCCCAUAAUCAAAUGGAAGUGACCUGGAAAUGCCCCAAAGUCAACAGGAAGUCACCUGCAAAUUUCCUCAAAUCAACAGGAUGUGACCUGAAAAUGCCCAAAUAUCCACAGGAAGUCACCUGGAACUGCCCCAAAGUCAAGGAGGGGUGGAGGAUACAUAAUUCAGCAAUGUGACGUGAGGAACCCAGUAUUAUGUAAACCACUUCUAAGUGUGGAUCGGUUGCAUCCUAUUCUGUGCUACCUUAUCACGAAUCCUGGCACUGACAAUCUACCUGAGUACCUGAGC